UACUUGGAAUUUUAUACAAUUCGGUUUUCGUGAACGUUUCACGCAAAAACAUUUARAUAACUACACUUCAAAGUGAGUUCGCGACAUCUUUUUCAAACGUGCUUACAAUGUAAUGCAAUAAUCGAAAAUGGUGAUGAACGCUAAAAUCAUUUUGAGAACCAGCACGUGACCGCAUCUACCAGAGCAGCGGUUCACGUCAAGACAAAGCACUCUGCCGUGUGGACAAAGACUGACCUAACURGACAAAUCUAUUAUUUUAGUUGACAUUUCUUAAACCAUCAAUGAAUGAUGAAUCAAACAUAAUUGCUAUAACUACAUUUUCAAAGUGAUUGGAUUAUUGACAGACGUCGAUCAAUGUUUCUGCUCUAAAUGAAACUUAAUGUGGACGACCAUUUAGGAACAAUAACACAAGUACUAGAAUAACCUGCAAUCCACCGGCGUUACCUAAACAUCUAGAUGCAUGUAACGCAGCUACUAAGAGAGAACUUGACCACCUCUUCAAUUAAAGUAAUAAUAAUGAUGGAAAUUCUGGUUGGAAAUUGUGGCGGAAAGUCGUCGUUUAGAAUUCAGUAAUCAAGUCAGUUCAGCCGAAAUUUAACCAUAAGGCAAGACGAAGCGACGACGGACUGCCCACGAAAAUCUGGAAAAUGAUCUCGGAUUUGGACAUCGCUUUGACGUUUUUCUUUGUAAUCUUCGUCAUCAUCGACAUCUUUGUCAACGUUGUACUGUGCUUGGCGAUUCAUCGUAAAAGGUCUUUACAGACUCCAAUGAAUUUGCUCAUUUUUCACCUCGCUAUAACAGAUAUUGUGAUUGGAGUUUUUAUAGUCCCAAGACAUAUUCUGAGCUAUGCGAUUAUCUACCCUAAUGACACUUCUAGUGAUUUCAUCUGUCGACUGGCCACCGGUGGAUCAUUUAUCUGGACAUCUGUCACAGCAUCAAGUGGGUUUUUGACAAUCAUAGGUCUGGAGCGACUUUUUGCCGUGGUCUUUCCACACAAAUCAAAGCUUCGGAUUACUAAACAAAGGCUAAAAUGGCUUGUYGUUGCAUGUUGGAUAUCUUCACUCCUGUUUAACCUUCCAAGUCAACUUGUACUGAAGUAUGACCACGACARAAACUUUUGCAUGGAGAAUUGGCCAAGGUKGGUCAAUCCGAAAGCCUACGUUGGACUUGCGUUCUGCGCGGGAAAUUUUUCAGUUUUUACAAUGUUUAUYAUCUAUUCCAUCAUUUUAUACAGUCUUUGGAAAARGGACAAGARUGGAAGUGAAGUCUCACGAACAGCGAGAAUUAACGCCAGGAAGMGAGUCACUAAGAUGCUGAUUUUAAUGACCGYUGUACACAUGGUGUGUCGUGCUCCGAACUACAYCUUUUAUACCAUGAUUUACUUUCAUCCCGAUGCUAAGUAUGGAUCUAUCGUUUAUAACUUCACAGUAUUUUUAAUCCUCCUAAACUCUGCGUCCCAUCCAUUUUUCUACUGCUGGUACAUGGAUAACUUACGUAGACAGGUGUUCGCCAUGUUACCUCAAGUCUGCUCUGGCCGUUGCCCUUCAAGAUUAAGAGGCAAUCUCUGUAAAAGCGGUCUACUGCAUUUCGGGUMAGAAAAUAAAUUUCUCUCAAACUCCUACCAUCAAAAGGCAAUUAUAAGUAUGUAA